AGCACAAUCGGUGACCGACGAGAGUCUUCCUAAGCCACGCCCACACUUGAAGCCCCUCCCACAACGCAGAGCCGUGUCUGUCCAUGAGGACACUAUGGCCAUGACACAAGAGCUGAAGGCAGUGUUGCAGAGAUCCCCCAUCCGUUUCCGUGGCAACAGAGGAGACCUGCCCACCUGCGCUGAAGAUCCAGCCGGUCGGGGGAAAGCACAACGAGCUCAGGAGGCCGGUGACACCGCUGCCCAGAAGGAGAAGCUGAAGGCUCAGCGAGGAAGGACGGCAGCCGGUACCAAGCACCCUCCUCCGGGAGAAGAGGAGACCCCAGGCUCUGGUCGUCCCUCCUCUGCAGCUCAGGCUCUACAUGAAGCGUCAGCGCCCCGACUCUUCAGUCCGACCCUGACCCACGGCCUGGAGAAGAAGCCUCCUGGUCCACCCACGUGGGAGAAAAAGAGCCCCCAAACUCUAGAAAAACUGCCGGUGUCCCCAUCACCCCGAGAAAAGAGCCCGAGCACAAUCCUAUCCGGAUCGCCGGAAAAACCCAGAGUGAGCCCUCUGACCCACAAGAGUCAGAGCCCCGGCACGGCACCGGGCACGGCACCGGAUGUGAGAACCAGCACACAGAAAGGAGGAGAGGCGCUCUCUAAACAGCACACAAUGAAGGCAGAGCCAGCAGACCAAAGGACUGAGCCCCCUCUGUCUGAAUAACACACACACACACUGAGAUCCGGAAGUGGGAGGGUGUCCACGAGGUCCUCCAGUAGAAGUCGGCUGCUGUGUCCCAGAGGUGUUCCCGUUGAAAGCUAAAUGGGAUGGAGAGCAAGCGGUUAGUGCGUCUCGUUGUUGCUAGCUUAUAGCUAACAUUUGCUCGACUGGAUGAAUAAACCCGUUUUUUUUAUUGAUUAGAAUUGCCCAAUCGCAGCAUCUGUUUGAAUGAGUUAUAUAUUAUUGGUACAGAUCUGACCACUGGCUUGUUAUUGCAGUCUGUGCUUCUUUACCCCCAAACAAAGCUAACAGAUGUUAGCUGCAGGGCUAACAACACACCGUGUGUCUUCUGACUGAAGUCAACAAACAAACAGGAACUCUGUCACAAAGAUGUUGUCGUCUCGUCGCGUUGAUGAACUGCUGCCGUAAGUGAGCAUUCACGUCGCGUUUUUUAAAAACGAAUUCAUUGUUAAUUAAUUACAAGAGCAAUGCUGCACCUGUUUUUCAAGGCACGGCCAAUCAGAGCUGGUUGAUAUCUGCUCUUUCUGCCGUAAAUAACAGUCUACGGUAAAUUAAUACAUGAUAAAUGAAUCAUCUUUAGCAGGCGCCAAGCUCCGGUUCUGCAGAGUGAAGCCAAUGUGAAAUGGAUUCUCUCUCCUGACCACCAGGGGGCGACUCCUCUGGUUGUAUAGAAGUCUAUGCUGCAUGUGUUAAAGCUGCAUUCUCUCUCCUGACCACCAGGGGGCGACUCCUCUGGUUGUAUAGAAGUCUAUGCUGCA